GAUCGUCAAGGGCAGCAAAGCAGAUGCGCUGAGGCAUCGAAUCUACAUGUAAAGAUGAGAUGAAUGACUAAGGCGAACAAGUACCAACACUAACAAUUCAGCCAACAAAAUACAUACCUAGCUUUUGUGCUUAUGAGAUGACCCCAGCCAUUUCUAUUGAAGAUUCCCAUCGAUUGUCCAAUGAAAUCAACCCCCAUCGCUGCUUUUUGAUACCAACCUACAUAGGCAUCAAUAUUCAUUCCCCAUUCCCCCAUCUAUCCCUAUCCAAGUACAUAAAGCUACAUCGAGACAGAAAAUCAAUUGAUGUGAUUAAUGUACCAUGCAGUGCACUGUAUCCAUCGGCUGUGUCAUUAUCAUUCAAUGUCAUUGCCACGGUCAUCAACGCUUCUUCAUUCAGUAAAUGCUCUCCCCCCAUCGCCACAAACACAUCACCUGUGUCCUUCAUAAGCCAAUGCCCGCUGCCAAUUCACUCCCCAUACAUACGACCUGCUCCAUGGAGGCAAAGCACGUCAACCCGCCAUUGAUUGGCCAUCUGCACGCACACGAGAUGUACACAUAUGUAAGGUGAAGUGUUCAUAAACACACUGGCCAGCCAUGCUGUAAUGCGGGACAGCUCACUGCCCAGUUUAUACUCGCA